AAUUCUUUUCCAACACCUCCCAAAGUCUUUUUACUAUAAAUAGCUUCCUCCACACACACACAUUAACACAUACAACACAUCAACCUCCAGUUUUCACGCACAUCUGUAGAUCACCACAUAAAAUCGUGAGAAACGGUUACCACGAUCUGCGAUUUCGAUAAAAUCUCUGUAAAUCGAUUCAUCGAUCGGAUCGCACGGAAAGUAGCUUGAUCUGAUUAAUCAACGAUAAAAUGGGGAGUUUAAAGGCAGUGUUGAAACAUCCGGACGAUUUUUACCCGCUGUUGAAGUUGAAGAUGGCGGCGAAGAAGGCUGAGAAACAGAUCCCGGCGGAGCCACACUGGGGAUUCUGUUACUCUAUGCUUCAUAAGGUUUCUAGAAGCUUCGCGCUUGUUAUUCAACAGCUCAAUCCCGAGCUUCGUGACGCUGUUUGCAUUUUCUAUUUGGUUCUUCGUGCCCUUGACACUGUUGAGGAUGAUACAAGUAUAGAUGCUGAAAUCAAAGUACCAAUUCUGAUUGCCUUUCAUCAGCAUAUCUAUGAUCGUGAUUGGCACUUUGCAUGUGGUACAAAGGAAUACAAGGUUCUCAUGGACCAGUUCCAUCACGUUUCUGCUGCCUUUCUGGAGCUUAAGAAAGGUUACCAGGAGGCAAUUGAGGAUAUAACCCUGAGAAUGGGUGCAGGGAUGGCAAAAUUUAUCUGCAAAGAGGUUGAGACAAUUGAUGAUUAUGAUGAGUAUUGUCAUUAUGUUGCUGGACUUGUUGGAUUAGGGUUGUCAAAACUCUUCCAUGCCUCAGGCACAGAAAAGUUGUUUCCAGAUUCCAUCUCCAAUUCAAUGGGUUUGUUUCUCCAGAAAACAAACAUCAUCAGAGAUUAUCUGGAGGAUAUAAACGAGAUACCCAAGUCACGUAUGUUUUGGCCUCGCGAGAUCUGGAGUAAAUAUGUCAAUAAACUAGAGGAGCUGAAGUAUGAAGAGAACUCUGAGAAGGCUGUUCAAUGUCUGAAUGAUAUGGUCACUAACGCUUUAAUCCACAUUGAAGACUGUUUAAAAUACAUGUCUGAAUUGCGUGAUCCUGCUAUCUUCAAGUUUUGUGCCAUUCCACAGAUCAUGGCGAUUGGAACACUAGCUCUAUGCUACAACAACAUUGAAGUUUUCAGGGGUGUAGUGAAAAUGAGACGUGGUCUUACUGCAAAAGUAAUUGAUCGGACUAAAACUAUGGCUGAUGUGUACAGAGCUUUCUAUGAUUUUUCCUCAAUUCUCAAGGCUAAGGUCAACAUGAAUGAUCCCAAUGCCAAAACAACAAUCACAAGGAUAGAAGCAGCUCAGAAAAUUUGCAAGGACUCUGGCACCCUUAGCAACAGGAGAUCUUACAUAGUUGAUAGCGAGCCAAGCUACAGUCCAGCUCUGAUUGCUUUGAUUUUCAUCAUACUGGCAAUUCUUUACGCAUAUCUGCAUGCCAACCGCACAAAUAAAUUCAAAGUUACUUUGUAAGAAGAAGAAGAAGAAACUGUGGUGAGGAAGGAGAAGGUUUAUUAAAUCCAACUGUGAAAUGUAAAAGGAUGUUGUUUUUGUAGGUGCUGUGGUUGGUUGGUAUAUUGUAAAUGGAAGUAAGGAAGUAGUUGUUAUGUUACGAAUAUGAAGUAAGUUGAACGUAAAAUCGCCAGUUAUGUGUUUCCUUUAACGAUCGAUACCAUGUGGUUUGGUUGGUGUUGUUUGAGUUUCCGAUUUAAUCGAC